UGGAGGCAUUCAAUUGGUCCAGACGUCUCUCUCGCAAGUGAACCCGGAAGACAAUAAAUACAGUGGAAUUGUAUAAAUUACCUACAGUCUGCAGCAGAAAUGCCGACAUCCCCUGUGAAAACUCGGAUCCCCCUGACCAGCUUCGGUCAUCUCAUCACAGAGGUGAAGAAGCAGCUGUUUGGAAUGGAAUCGCCUUCGCCUGUGCAGCUGACCGGUUGGAGGAAACACUUCAAUAGCUACACACUGCAGGGACGCAGAAAUUGCGUCUUGGCUACGUAUGGGAUCUUGGGGUCCUUGGCUGCUGCUUACCUGAUGAACAAAAAGCACCAAGAUGGAAAACAGACGCAUUCUGCUUCCAUGCAUUAAAGCUUCUCCUGUUCAACUGUUAUUUAUUAAAGGAAACCACAUCCUGGCGUCUCUCAGCCGUUAGCUGAAUGUUGCAUGUUAAUAAAAGCUGCAUUCAUGCCUUU